UAAAGCCAAAGACAUAAUUUUCACAGGCCUCAGUUACACAUUCGAUUUGCAGCGGUUUGGUUCUACUUGGAAUUUGGAUUCUUUUUGGAAUUUUAAUUUUCUAUUCAAGUCGUGUUUCUUUCACAACAUAUUAAGGAAUUAAGGAUAACCUUUUUUAUACAGCAUCAACGUUGGAUAACUCGGCUGAAUAAAUUUAUCAAAAUCAGGAAUUGAUUUAAUCAAACCACAAAAAACAGCAACAAUAUGUCAACCACGAUAUUCAUGUAUGCCAUCUGCCUGGCAGUGCUUUCCAAUCUCUUAUCAGUAUCUGCCAUUCGCUGCCACGAUUGCAACUCCCAUGAGGACGAGGACUGCGCCACUCUUGUUGUAAACACUCCUCGUGCCCAGCGGGACGAACAGUUCCUGAAGGAAUGCAAUGGUAAAGACGGCCUAGUGCCCUUUUGCCGCAAAACCGUGAUCAAGUUCGAAGUAAACAACAAUCGCCGGAUUGUGAGGAAUUGUGGGUGGAUUCCGGAGAAGGUACAGAACGCCUGCUUCACCGCCGACAAUGAGGGCUACAAGCAGACAAUUUGCACCUGCAACGGCGAUGGCUGUAACGGAGCCUCCACCCUGCUGGGUGCCCGCCAGGUGGGCUACAGUCUGAUCGGCACAGUGGUCAGCCUGACCCUGGCCACCGUACUUAGGAAUUAGAUCUAAGACUAGUUCUAGAAGCCACGUAUCCAAAAAAGUACCUUAAUCUGUAACUGGUUAAACUAAGUCCUAAAUACAUCGCACCAAGUUCUUUGAUUUAUGCCAUACCUAGUUCGUAUAAACAUUCCGAUUGUUUGCAAGUUUAGUUCUGUAUUUGUAUUUAAUUUCUGUGAAAAUAUAAGAAUUUAAUAUUUAACU